AUGUUAAUGAAUGUGCUUUAUAAUGCUUAUCUUCAUUUACAAGAGAACCAGGGAGUAUUUCUCUGUGCAUUCCUAUUGUUUUUCGGCUUUUAUAAAUUGGUGGUCUAUCCAUUCUAUAUUUCCGCAUUGAAGGAUAUUCCAGGACCCUACUUGCACCGGGUUUCCCACAUUCCUUCCCUCAAUGCCCAGAGAAAAUUCCAGUGGAUUAAGAAGGUACAUGACUUACAUGAAAAAUACGGCGAAGUUGUAAUUCUCUCCCCCUCUGCUAUAAGUUGCAAUGGUGACCCGAAGUACAUCAAUGAUAUCUAUGUGAAAAAUAUGCCGAAAACAAAAUUUUAUGAGAACUUCAAAAAUCAUGGAAUGAAGGAUAACAUGUUUUCGGAACCUGAAAAUGGAAAGCAUCUCAGAUACAAGAAAAUGCUACAAGGCCUGUAUCUGAAAUCGGCUGUGUUCAAUGCCAAAAACACAACAAGAACAAACAUAGUUGAAAAGGUUGGACAGCUCGUUGACCAGGUUUAUUUGUCUUCUGUAUCAGGAAAGAGGCCAGAUUUGGUGAACGCCGAGCUGAAGUUGAAUGAACAUGGCAAAGGCCACAAACUAGGCUCUGGAAAUUGGUUCAACCCUCAGGUCAAGAAAAGCGGUCUUGGCAUUGAUGUAUACUCUUUAUUCGGAUCCUUGGCUAUGGAUGUUGUAUCUGCCUUUGAGUUGGGUAUUUCGAACGGUACUUGCCUUUUGAAAACCCCAGAGCAAAGACUGAUUUUAGUUCCUCACAGGAUGACAGCGGGGAUGGUUUUCUGGACAACUUUGAUGCCCCGGUUUUGGGAUUGGGCUGCGGGGCCCACAAUUAGAGCAGCCUCCAAGAAGAUUGAAGCCUGGCAAUUGGAAUUGUACAGAGUUGCCGAAGAAAAUGUUCCCGAAAAAAGAAGGGACCAGAACCUAAGCACCCUUGAAACUUUAAAAAAGAACGGUUUCUAUGGGACAAACGCGUACUCUUUUCUUUCGGAUAACAUUUUCGCUGGUCAUGAGACUACUGCAAUCCAGUUGACAUAUAUGUGCUACGAAUUGUCUAGACCACUUCAUCUUGAAAAGCAAGCUAAACUCAGAUCAGAAAUCAGAGAAGCCUUUGGAGAGCCUGGAUCCUUGGAAAGCUGCAUUGACAGCUUGGAAGAAGUCGACAAGCUACCUUACUUGGAAGCGUUAAUCCAGGAGAACUCUAGGGUUCAUACCUCGAUCCCUGGUGCCGAACCUAGACGUACAAACACGCCUUACGAAGUUGCAGUUGACGGGAAAAGUGUCACACUUCCAGUGGGUACAGGCAUCUCAUGUCAGCCUUAUCUGAUGCACAGAGUGUCGAAGGUUUUUCCGAAUCCAGAGGCAUGGAUUCCUGAGAGGUGGUUGCAAAAUAGCAAUGAAUCUCUCGAAGACUAUGCUCAACGAUUGAAGGAAAUGCAACGAUACAUGAUGCCAUUUGGUAAAGGAAUACGCAUGUGUCUUGGUAUGAAUCUUGCCUUAAUAGAGAUGAAAAUGGCAUUGGCAAAUCUUUAUUGGAGAUAUGAGCUGACUUUGUGCUCCGACUGGUGCCAAGUUACUCCCGCUGAAGAAAGCGGCCACAUCAGUAUGGGCAAGGAGUUUGCAGGAUCUAACCGCGACGAAAGCAUGAUGACCAUGGAAGAUUCUUAUACAACACGGCCUCACUAUGAUGAGUGCUGGUUGGCGUGGAGAAGUGUUUGA